UUCGAAUUUAUUAUUUCAGAUCUGCGAUCGAAAAUCGACGGCCAUGAUCGCUGCCGCUGCUCUCCAACUCCUCCCACCUAGAUCCACCCGUUUCCACUCGCUUCUCUCCCAAAACCAAAACCAAAACCAAAACCAAAACACCGAUUUCCAAGUCGAAUAAUCUCCGCCGAUAACAUCGCUACAGAAUCUAUACUGCUGCUUCUGCCGUCGCUUUUUCGUUUUCUUCUUCUUUCUCUUUGAUCUCAUUGCAUUUCAGCUCCAUUUUGUAGCUUUUUCCUCCAGAAGCUCCGGCAAUUCGCCGCCGUCGCGCUGAUCUGAGAGCCUUCGUUGCAGAUCCGGGAUCUUCAGCGUGCGCUGCGGCUGUGGAGUGUUCGGUGAACUAGAAGGAUCGAGUUGGGAAGGGAGCGGGGAGUUUGGUGAGGAUUGUAGUGAGACGGUAGAGAUGGCGCCUAGUACGAUCCGGAARGCGAUCGGAGCCGUGAAGGACCAGACGAGUAUUGGAAUUGCGAAGGUUGCGAGCAAUAUGGCGCCGGACCUUGAGGUAGCGAUCGUGAAGGCUACGAGCCACGAUGAUGAUCCAGCCAGCGAGAAGUACAUCAGGGAGAUUUUGAAUCUGACAUCGUAUUCGCGUGGUUAUGUGAGUGCGUGUGUGUCGGCGAUUUCGAAGCGUCUGGCCAAGACGAGGGACUGGAUAGUGGCGCUCAAGGCACUCAUACUUGUGCACAGGUUGUUGAAUGAAGGAGACCCGGUGUUUCAGGAGGAAAUCUUGUAUGCCACUAGAAGGGGCACGAGGCUAUUGAAUAUGUCCGACUUUAAGGAUGAAGCUCAUUCGAGCUCGUGGGAUCACUCGGCUUUCGUUCGAACUUAUGCAUUCUACUUGGACCAACGGCUGGAAUUGAUGUUGUUUGAGAAAAAGGGUGGUAGUACAAGGGGAAAUUCCCGCGGA